GUCGGAAACGCAGUGGAACUUCGUGGCUCGCAUUGAUUUUUCCGUGAAUCCGUGCGAGGUUUUCUGCUCGCGUAGUGCCGAGACGUUCCCUGUUCCUUUUGCCGUUGGGCAAAAUGGAAGGAUCAUCGUAUGGUGCAAUAGUGCAAGCGUUCGUGAUGGAAUGCAGGUGAACUUUGCUGCUGCUGCAUCACGAUGGCGUAGAAAGCGGAAGAAUCAUCACAAAGAAUCGCAUCGGGCUCAAUCGAGUGUGUCACGGCCUCCUCGGUCGGUCGGUAACGGUGCAAAUCGAUCGAUUUUUGCGUUUCGCGUUCCCGUUGCUGCGAGAACGAACAUGGAGUGAUACUACUGUGAAUGCAAAUCAUCUUGUACUUUCAUCAUCUUGUAAUAUUGUGGGCCUCACACAGGACGAUUGAGCGAGCAGCGGGAAAAAGAAACGAAAAGCGAUGGAUGUCGCAGCGAUUCAGCGCGCGGCGGAGCUGUGUGCAGCCGAGUUUCCGCACAAUCUCAACAACAAUAAUAAUGGAGGGUCGGCGGCCACUGUUGGUGAAUGUGGAUUCGAAAAGGGUAAACCACUUCCGUGUGAGUUCGACGCCAACGAUGCUACAUCACAGCAGCAGCAGCAGCAGCAGGCAACCAAAAUGAGCUCAAGUGUGGCCAGCAUCCUGGACGAUACGACACCGAGCGAUUCCGGAGUGCAGCUGCUGGAUUCGGAAUCGAGUGGAUUGAACGAAUCCAUGAUCUCCAGUGCCGGUGGUUUUGAGUUUGAUGUCGGCGGGACCCCUCCACCUGCGCCAGCAUCAGCCGUGCCGGGAAAUAAGGUGGAAAAGGAAGAAGGAUUCCACAACAACAACAACAAUAACAAUAAUAACAAUUGCGAGCGACCGAUGGAUGUUGAGGCGCCGGAGAUUCAGCCAGUGGACGGCGAUGAGCUGGCCGCGGUGGGAGGGAAGUUUGCGGAAAUCACUCUUAACCCAGUAGCCCAGGACGCGGAGGAGGUGGGCGAGGGGGUUGAAAUCGAUCCGGCUAUGACGGCGAGCCAGCUUCCGGAUGAGCUCAUUUCCAGCACCUGCUCGACGUUCGACAGCGAAAACAUCGUUUACAGGCGACGGAUUAAGAAGGCACCGAUCAGUCAGACACCCAAAAAGCGGGUCUCCUUUCACGAGGAUAUUCUGAAGAACACAAAAACGGACAAUAUCCAUAUCGAGCACGGAUUCAUCACAUACAAGACGGGCGGCUCGGGAAAGAAGGGAGGGAAGGUUGGUGGCCGCUACUCCUGGUGCACGGAUCGAGUCGAUGGCAGUGGUGGUGGUGGCGGAAGCGCCGGGUUCGAUGAUUACGGUGAUGAGGAGGCGUGCGAAGGGCGACAGUAUGUAUACCGCAACGCUUGCUCCGAUGUGCUCGAUUACGGCAAGACGGACGUGUUCGAGAAUGUGGAGGACGAGCGCAACUACGUAAAGUACGAUAACUCUGGUGUGUUUGAGUAUGGACCACCGGAGCGAAAACUGCGACCGACGACUGCUGCCGGCUAUAAUCUGUACAAGUGUAGCUGCUCCGAUUCUAAUUCAAGCCUCGAUUCGGGCGAGGGUAACACGGCCACUGAUCAGCGCUCUAACUAUCGUCAGGCCAAAUCGAACAGCUGCGAGUGUAUAGGCUCGGCGACUGGAGGAGCUGGUGGUCAGGUACAACGGGGAGGCUCCGCGAGAAAUCUCAACAGCAACAGCAACAACAACAACAAUAAUAACGUAAUAUCAGACAACUGCUACUACAGUGAACCAAGCAUCGAGCAUCUGGACGAGUUUAAUGGUAACGUGAUGCGAGAUGGAAACGCAGAAGGCUGUGCCAGCGGUACUACGGAUCAGCAGCAGUUCGUCAAGUCGGUCUGGAGCAAAGAGAAGAAACCGAAAAGCAGCUGCCUGAAGAAGACGAAGCGUAACAGCAUCUACACGAACGUGGUCGUACCGGAGUACGAUCUGAAUCGCAAGGUGAAGAAAUUCAACGUGCACCAGCGCCUCUCGGUGAUCGACAACAGUCGUAUGAUAUUCGGGUCGCUGAAGGACAUCUUCGGUAUAGCGCUUCCUGAACGCGGUGUACCGGAAGGGUCCGAGGAUUUGUCGUCGGUGCGCGAGUGCAUACCCGAGACGCACGACGAUCAGUUGACGGUGGAUGGCGAUUUUACCGUGGUGCAAAAACCGAAAUCCUUCCUAUCGAAAAGCCUCGACGGAGGCUUCAAUGCGCAGAAUGGUGGUAGUGGCGGUGGCCGGGGUCGAUCGAGCGGAGCGAAGAAGUACGUUCACAACGUGGACGAGCAGCUGCGUCGAAAGAAUGAUGAUGAUCUGUACGCCCCCAGUCGGAAGAACAGUGUGGAAGAGGAGCAGUACCCAUCCGAUGGGCAUGGUACCAAGACGGCAACUAGGGAGGUAAAUGUUCCACUGCCGGGUCCGGAAUCGAAUGAUGUGGCCUACCAGCAACUACCGGUACAAGCGCUACAGCCGAUAGCCGG